GUGCUCAAAGAGUAUGUCUCUUUUCUGCCUGGCAUGCCAUAGGAUUCCUGAGCAGACUGGCUGACUGCUAAGGAGAGAGUUUCACAAAGAUCGAUCCCACCAGUUUUGUGGCAAUGGAGAACAUCACAGUUUUGCAGCUGGAUUGUACGUGUCUACUUUUAAGCAAGUCCUUCUACAGAUUCACACAUUCCAGUUAGGCAUAAUACUUCACCUAGAUGUGUGGGAUAGCUGGAAAGAGUUCUUGCCUGCCUGUCUUGUGGAAAAACACAGCGUUAUCUCAGGAAAAUCCAGUGCUUCAGUCUGCAGCCGUCGGCGAGCUGGGGCGGCUGGCGGUGGAGCUGCUGCGGCGGGGCGCGGCGCCGCGGGCCUGCGAGGCGGCCGCCAGAAAACUUAACAUUGGUGCGGACACUGUUCAGCAUGGGGUAGAAGGAUUGACCUACCUUCUUACUGAAAGCUCCAAGCUUAUGAUUUCUGAGAUAGAUUUCCAAGAUUCCAUUCAUGUUCUCGGAUUCUCAGAUGAAUUGAACAAAUUAUUGCUCCAGUUGUACCUCGAUAACAGGAAAGAGAUCAGAAGCAUUCUCAGUGAGCUGGCACCAAAGCUUCCCAGCUAUCACAGUCUCGAAUGGAGACUGGAUGUGCAGCUUGCAAGCAGAAGUUUGAGACAACAGAUUAAGCCUGCUGUGACUCUAAAGCUACAUCUUAAUCAGGAUGAAGAUCAGAUUGCCCAAGUGUUGCAAACCGACCCUUCUACCCUCCUCCACCUCAUUCAGCAACUGGAGCAAGCGUUGGGGGAAAUGAAAACAAACCAUUGCAGGAGAAUAGUGCGCAACAUGAAAUAGUAUCGAUGCGUGGCUGUUUUCAUACUAAGCGGCUUGUGAAACAACUAAAAACAAUGUUCACAAAUACAUUUUGAGGAGAAAUAAACAUCUGGAUCAGAUGAAAUGCUUUCCUGUGCCAGGAUCUUGAGCCAGUAAUUAUAGGCUGAAUGUCUAUAGGUGCUAACUUUACACACCUGCUUGAUAUGAGAUAGGUAAUUUUUUUUGCUUUACUUGCAAAUGUAGAAUUCAGCAUGCUAUGCUGAGAAUUUCUUCAGCUCUAAAUUAGUAUAGUUCUACUUGAAGAGCUUUCCUACAUAAAGUAGAGCUGUCUCAAUAUUAUAUGAAGCUGCAUGUUUAUUUUUACAUUUAUCAAGCAGUUUAUUUUCCCCUUGGUUUUGCUUCUGUUUUGCAAUUUAAAAAAACCCCACAACUUAUACUGGUGGGAAUGAUGCUUUACAGGAAUGUUUCUUCCUUCUAGGCUCAUGCAUGUGUAAGAGUACAUGUGGGGCUGCUGCCCUCUUCCUCCAGAGGAUUCAGUCAGCUCGGAGGCUGGGUGUUACACUGCUUUUCUACCCCUCCUGUACAAUAAAAGUAUAAUCAAGCUAAAGCUUCCAUUUUAACAAAGUUACCCCUACUGGGCAGUCUCAUGGUUUCUGCAGGUAGCAGUUACCAUAGAAAACCCAGUGGCCUAAACAUGAGUUAGCAUACUGGGUAUUUCUAUAUGUAAAGGUGAUUUGAAAAAUUACAAAAGUAAAACUAUGGUCCAGGAGGCAGAUUAAGUAGUGUUAACUUCUGCUAAAUCUGAUCUUCCUGUUAUGAUGACUGUGGUGUGAUUGUGCUGGGAUGAAAAAACCCCAAUUUUUGUUCCCCUAUUUGGAUGGUGUGCUGAUAAAGGAAAGACAAGCUAAGUAUUGCAACAUAAAUUAUGCUUUUCCAUUUUUAAGAAAAAUGCAUAACAAAGGUUAUGUCAAAAGUCACGUUUCAGUUGUACUGUAAUGCAAUAUUUUGUAGCUUUUGUGACUAAGGUUAGUUUGACCCAUUAAUGUUUUAACUGUCACUAGUGAGGGGGCAUCAUAAAGUCCUUGAAGUAUAUUGGAGAGGACAAUUAUGGAAGAGAACCUUUACAUACAGAUUCUAGCAAUAACUGUAUAUUUACUGUCAUAGCAACACCAUAAAUUUCUGUAUUAAUUGGCUUCCUGCAUUCAGAAAUGCAUGGUUUUCUUAUUGUUUUGAUUUUUAAAAAAAACCUUUGAGAGGUACUAUUUCAAAUGAAACCUGCAUGGCAGAAGUGCUGUAAUCAGUAACGCUACCACUUAAAGUCAGUUUUCUAGAAUACGGAGUUGCUUAUUCUCUAAUUGCUUUAUAUAGUGUGGCGAUGGUGCGAACAAACUUCAUUUCCUCUCCCAUAUAUGAAUCAGCAAUGUGUUUCAUUUACCAUCCAUCUGUGGUGACUUUUUUCAUAGAAUCAUAGAAUUUUCUUCACAUGUAGUAUGUGGUAAUUAAAUGUGAACAAAUGUUACUA